ACGAUGGCUCCACACAGUUAGGGUUCUUCUCUUGCUGCUCGACAGCGCCAUGCCGCUCCGCCGCAACAGGUCCGACGAGAAAGACGUCCUCGACAACGUCCAUGACAACAUCCACAUCGACCCGCUCGCGCAGGACUUCAUCGACACGGUGGAGUUCCAGCGCCUGCGCGAUGUGAAGCAGCUGGGCCUGUGCAACCUCGUCUACCCCGGCGCGACCCACUCGCGGCUCGAGCACUCGCUCGGCGUCUACAACUUCGCGCGCGCCACCGUCUUCAACCUGGACAGCUGCUGGCCCGAGCUGGAGCUGGAGCAGUCGGACCUCACGUCCGUGGGGCUGGCGGGUCUUCUCCACGACGUCGGCCACGGCCCCUUCAGCCACGUCUUCGAGAACGAGUUCCUGCCCAGGAUCGGCGCCGGCCUGCUCAAGUGGCACCACGAGGCCAUGUCCGGAAAGAUGGUGGACUUCAUCGUGGACAGGAACUACAUCGACGUGGACGCCGGGGUGCUCAAGCGCGUCAAGGACAUGAUCCUGUGCAGCUCGGAGCGCGGCGCGCCGCAGGGCGACAAGGCCUUCCUCUACGACAUCGUCGCCAACGGGCGCAACGGCAUCGACGUGGACAAGUUCGACUAUAUCCUCCGCGACACCCGCGCCUGCGGCCUGGAGCCCGGGACUUUCAAGGUUUGCCGGCUCAUGGACAGCAUGCGGGUGAUCGACAACGAGAUUUGCUUCCGCUCCAACGUCGCCGCCACCAUCUGCGAGCUGUUUGUGACGAGGGGGAACCUCUUCCGGGAGGUUUACACGCACCCCAAGGUGAAGGCCAUGGAGCUGAUGCUGGCGGACGCGCUGGUGAUGGCGGACGGCUUCCUGGGCAUCUCCGGGAUGGUGGACGACCCGGCCAGCUUCUGGAAGCUGGACGACUCGUUACUCAAGGCGAUCGAGACGUCGGACGAGCCGGAGCUGGAGGCGUCGAGGAAGCUGGUGUGGAGGAUGCGGCGGCGGGGGCGGGAGCUGUACCAGUUUUGCGACAGCCUCAAGGUCCCGGCGGAGCACGCCGAGAGGUUUAGUGCUGUGACGGCCGAGGACAUCCUCUGCUACGCCAAGGGUGGCGUUCUCCAGAGGGACGACAUCGUGGUGAGCAACGUCAAGAUUGACGAUGCUUGCGGGAAGAGCGAUCUCCUGGAGGGCGUGCACUUCUUCAAAGGCUAUGGCAGCACGGAGAAGCUGGAGCUCAAGGCGGAGGAGGUGGGGAGGAGUUAUGCUGGGCACGACGUGCCGCAGAGGAUCGUCCGGGUGUACGUGAAGAAGUAUGAGCAUCUGGAGGCGGCGUGCGAUGCGUUCCAGGCGUUCCAGCGCGAGAAGUAUAACGUCCAGAGCCAGAUGCUCAGGACGCCCGAUAGCAAGAGGAAGAGGAAGACGAGGAGAGUAAACUAAAAACGAGACAACUCUAUAAGCAUUUUUCUCAUUCUUUUUUCCUAUUACUUGAAAGGUUUGACCAAAUUAGAAAAAUAAGAUAAAAUAAUUUUUUACGCA